UCUCCCCGGUGUUCUUCACUCCUCGGUCAGAAGCUGUAACGGUGUCCUCUUCUCGCCAGCUCUCCUCAGCCGCAGAACGCCAGCAUGUCUUCCUCCAGCUUCAGAAUGAGCUACGGCCAACCGGGCUCCAUCCGCUCCUCCCGCAGCUCCACCCAGUACUCCACCGCGCCCAAGGCCUUCAGCCUGUGCGGCCCGGCCGGGAACCGCAUCUCCACCUCCACCGUGCGCACCGUCUCCUCCGGGUACGGCGGCGGCCACGGCGGCGGCUACGGCGGCGGCAUGAGCUUUGGCAGCGGCAGCGGGGGCUACGGCAGCGGGAGCUACGGCAACUUCGACCUGAGCCAGGCGGUGGACCAGAGCCACAUCAACCUGAACGAGAAGGCCACCAUGCAGAACCUCAACGACCGCCUGGCCUCCUACCUGGACAAGGUGCGCUGCCUGGAGGCGGCCAACUCCAAGCUGGAGGUGCAGAUCAGAGAGUACUACGAGACCAAGGGCCCGUCUGCCGAGCGCGACUACAGCAACUACUGGGCCAUCAUCAACGACCUGAAGGACAAGAUCCACGGGGCGACGGUGGACAACGCCAACAUCCUGCUCCAGAUUGAUAACUCCAAACUGGCCGCCGAUGACUUCAGGACCAAGUUCGAGCACGAGCUGAUGAUGCGGCAGUCGGUGGAGGCAGACAUCGGCAACCUGCGGCGCCUGCUGGACCAGACCACGCUCACCAAGGCUGACCUGGAGAUGCAGAUCGAAGGCCUGCAGGACGAGCUCGCCUACCUGAAGAAGAACCACGCCGAGGACCUGGCGGCCAUGCGCUCCCAGAUGAGCGGCACGGUGAACGUGGAGGUGGACGCCGCGCCGCAGCAGGACCUGAGCAGAGUGCUGGACGAGAUCCGCUCGCAGUACGAAGGCAUCACCGACAAGCACCGCCGGGACCAGGAGGCCUGGUUCAACGACAAGUCCGCUGUGCUGUCCAAGGAGGUGGCCGUCAGCACAGAGGUCAUCCAGACGUCCAAGACAGAGAUCAACGACCUGCGACGCACACUGCAGGGCCUGGAGAUCGAGCUGCAGUCCCAGCUCAGUAUGAAAGGCGCGCUGGAGAACACGCUGGGGGAGACGGAGGCGCGGUACAGCUCCAUGCUGGCGGGCUACCAGAACCAGAUCAACAUGAUGGAGUCGGAGCUGGCCAACGUGCGCAGCAGCAUCGAGCAGCAGGGACAGGAGUACCGCAUGCUGCUGGACAUCAAGACGCGGCUGGAGCAGGAGAUCGCCACCUACAGGAGCCUGCUGGAGACGGAGGAGUCCAGGCCGGUCAGCUCAGGCGGAAAGACCACCACAGUGACCACCACAGUGAGGUCAGGCCAGAAGUCCAACUGAGAGGACCACUGGAGCAAAGAGCAGCAGACACACACACACACACACACACACACACACACAGGCACACAUACACAGGCACCAACACGCACGCGCAAACCAACUCACAGAAUGUUGUUGGAUUUCGGUUAAACGGUUAAAGGUGCCGUUUGGAAAUGAGUUGAGAAAGUAAGAAAUAAAAGAUGAACUAUGAGAAAGAGCGAGUCAGAGAGCGUGUGAGUGUGUGUGUGGGUGUGUUUUGUCUCUUAAAAUAAAACUGCUGAUGGAA